AUGGCCGACUACCUCUCCCCUUACCACCCUUAUCAGCCCGAACCAAAUAUUGCCCCUUUCGACCUCGCAACGAUCCCAGACGAAGACAUCGAUAAGGCCAAUACGAACCAGGAGCUCCUGCCCAAGGCUUUAAAGAAUCCGAACAGCAAGGAUGUCGUUCUAUCGCCCCUGAUCCUCGGCUGCGCAGCCUUUGGAUAUGGCAUGUACACCGACCAAGACCACCUCACCUCGUCUCUGCCCCUGCGUAUAGUCAGGCUUGCCUUGCGUUCUGGUAUCACUAGCUUCGAUACCGCACCCUGGUACAAUCCGUCCGAGAUCAUCCUCGGCAACGCUCUUCGCGCUCUCGACUAUCCUCGCGGCUCUUAUCACCUAAUCACCAAAGUCGGCAAGUAUGGCCCUAACUGCAGAGAUCACAUAUGGGAUCCAGAAGUCAUUAAGGCUAGUGUCGAACGGAGCCUGAAGCGACUCGGCACCGACUAUCUUGACGCCGUCUAUCUGCACGAUGUCGAAUACACCCUACCUCCUCCCUCCUGCUCCCACACUCCCCUAUCCGACCUAUCCUCCGUCCUUGCCCAGCCCCUCGUACCCACUCCGGAAGAAUCUACCCUCCUCCUCGCCAUAUCUAUCCUCCGCGCCCUUCAAUCUUCCGGCAAGGUUCUUAAGAUUGGUAUUGCAGGCUACCCUCUCCCAGUCCUCCUCCGUCUCUCUCUCCUCGUAUACAACACCACCGGCACCCCUCUCGACAUCGUCCAAACCUUCGGGCACCACACUAUCCAAAAUAAUUCUAUCGAGAAGGGUUAUCUGCAGGCCUUCGAACAGCAGGCAAAGGUGGAUCGGGUGAUCAGCGCAGCCCCCUUAUCAAUGGGGCUCUUGACUACCGACGGAGGGCCAGUAUGGCACCCAGCCCGCGAUAUCCCACCCCUCUGGCACGCCGCCCGCGCCGCCUCCUCCCUCUGCCUCUCCUCCCAAACAUCCCUCGAACAAAUCUCCCUCUCUUACGCCUACCGCGCCAUCUCUCAACCCAGUGGGAAACGCGUACCAGUGGUGAUAGGAUGUACAGAGCAGGAGCACGUGAAAGAGAGUGUAAAGAUGUGGAAUCAGGUGAAUCAUGAGGAUGAAGAGCAUAGUAAAGGGAGUAAGGAGUUGGAAGGGAAGGUGCGAGAGUUGUUCGGGGAGGAGGGGGUUGUGGAUUGGAGUUGGACUUGUCCGACGGAUGAACAACGAGCCGGGUAA